CUUUGACCUUUGCACUUUGCCUGGCAACAGCACCGCAAACCCGCCCCUCUCUAAAUUGGUCCAAUCAAACUUCACUGUAACAGCUGGCAGAAAAUGGGAGGCACUCUUAAGAUGUCUGUAUUUGACAGAUGGAAGCUCCAGGUGGUUGCUGCUGUGUGUGUGAUCAUCGUGACGACAUCCUAUUUUAUUCUGCCGAAAGAUGUUACCACUACACCAAAACUGAGUUCAUCUCUCCCCACGCAUCGUCCCUCAUCUGGCCCAUGCACCUGUCCUGCUGGCUCAAGCCUUCUUAAAGAACACCUCCCCAAGGAUCAAUAUAAGGAGUUGGUGCAACGGCGAACUAAGGAAUUCCAGCAGUACAAAGCCAGGACAACUUCUGUCCUAUCCAAGCUGCUGUUUGCUUUGCCCAACUCUCCUCUGCAGUAUCCAAUCCAGGGUUAUACAGUGCAGCCCUUGUCCUCCUUUGUCAUACCAGGUUUACAGCUGCAUGCAGGAAAAAGAAGCAGCUACAAGGUGGUCUUAAAAGUCUCUAAAGGUAUCCUUACCACAGAUAUUCCACCAGCAGAGGUCACAGUCAAAGGUUUUCGUGAGAAAGAAUUGAUAAUCAAGUCCAGGAGCUUGGAGCUGCUCAACGACGUGCUGGUCAAAGUGUCCUAUACUAGCACAGUGUACCAUAUCAACACUGGAGACCUUGUAACUUUCCAGUUUGAAAACCAUGAAGCUGUGUUCCCUAUUGCCAUCAAGCAGCCUCAUAUACCAGUCCUGUAUGACAUGGGGACAGAUAUUAGCUCUCAAGUUACCAUCGCCACAAAGACCUUCCUGCGGUACGAACAGCUGAAGGUCUUGUUGGACAGCAUCCGAAAAUUCUAUAGCAACAUAAAAGUCAUUGUUGCAGAUGACAGCUUUGAACCAGAACACAUUACCGGAGAAAACAUCCAGCAUUACAUCAUGCCUCCAGCACAGGGCUGGUUUGCAGGCAGAAAUCUGGCUGUUUCCCAGGUAACCACCAAGUACUUCCUGUGGGUGGAUGAUGACUUUUUGUUUACAGAAAAGACAAAGAUAGAGAAGCUUGUGGAGGUGAUGGAGGCGGUCCCUGAACUGGAUGUGGUUGGUGGGUCAGUAAAAGAGAAUCAGUUUUAUUUCUCUCUUAUCUAUGAAGAAGGAGAAGAAACUGAAGGUGGCUGCUUAUACAGGAAGUCUAAUAAGAAAUUCCAUUCAGUUCCUGGUUACCCACAAUGCUUUUUGGCCAGUGGAGUGGUCAACUUCUUCCUGGCCCGUACAGAUGCUGUACAGAGGGUGGGAUUUGACCCUAAGCUACAGCGGAUAGCACAUUCAGAGUUCUUUAUGGAUGGACUGGGCUAUUUACUGGUUGCCACUUGUGGUGAUGUAUCCAUUGGCCAUCAACAUGUAGCCAGAAGUGCUCGCUAUAGCAAGUUCAGAAAUCCUAGAAAGGAUGACUCUGAAUUCAAACUGCAGCUUCAUUUCUUCAAAAACCACCUUAAGUGCAUCAAAUAUGGAUAGAUGACCUUAAGAGAACAUCAGUGAACUGGUUGUAGUUACAUAUUGCACUCUAUUUUACUUAGAGCAAUGUUUUCAUAGUUAUUGCUUUGCCUGUAAUCGUUAAUGUUUCUCAUAGUCCAUUCUACUGCUACUACUAUUGUAGGCUAUAAUAAGAAGAACUCAAGCCAGAUGUUUCCAAAAAUUCAGAAUCAAACCAAAUUAAAUAAAUGUUAUGUUGUUGAUGAAAGAAGGACUUUUAAGUUUGGAAGUCACAAUAGCAUUUAUGCUAGAAUAAGUUAUUGGUUACUCAUUAAGUUAUAGUUAUAUUGAGUUAUAGUUUUUGAGAAGUUAUUGUUAUAAAGUCACUGGUCACUUUCAGCAAAGGUGAAAACAUUGUCAUAGAAAAGAAAAUUAGGGGCUAUAAUUAAUUUUCACAAGUUUUUAGUGAAAAAUCUGUGCAUCUCAACUGUUUUUGUACAGUAACUUUUACAUUUAACUUAGACAAUUAAAUAAUAUUAAACAAUGCCAUGCAAAAUGUAUUUUCACAUUAUGAAUGUGUUCCAGCUUACAGGCCCUCAUAGUGUAUCUUUGGGGAAUCUAACAGUGGAGAUUAAUAAAAUGCAGCCCUUUUUGU